GCAUGUUCCACUCCACGCGCCAACUCCUUUGCCCCAAAUCCCAACUGAAUCAUCGCACAAUUUCUCUUCUCCACAUCACAACCAACAAUGGCUGCCCGCUGAAAUCCCCUUAAACCAAUUCCAAACUAAAAAGAAAGAAAAAUUAUUUCUUUCUUGAUUACGACUGAUUAAGAUAAUGGAAUCCGAGCUCAAAGAGCUUAAUGCUCAUCCACAGGCUGCCCCGCAACCCGAAUCCGAUGCCCGCCCGCUCCUCAAACCCGAAUCCGAGAACCCGGCGUCCAGCCAGAGCACCAGCAUCGAGGAGCUGGACAAAAAGUACGCCCCCUACGUCCGCUACGACGUAUACGGGCCAAUGGGGCGGGGGGAGCUGCCGUGGGUCGAGAAGUUUCUACUCGGAUUUGCACUCAUGUCUCUGCUGCCGGUGAGAGUGGCGGCCGGGACGGCGAUUCUGGUGGUCUAUUACGUGAUCUGUCGCUUCUGCACGGCGUUUCUAGCUCCAAAUACGGAGGAUGAGCAGGAGGAUUACGCCCACAUGGGUGGCUGGCGGAGGGCCGUGAUUCUGCGGAGCGGUAGGUUUUUGUCGAGGGUUUUGCUCUUCGUUUUCGGCUUCUAUUGGAUUACUGAUAAGAGUGGGGGUCGUGAGGUUGAUGGAGAGCUCAACACUGAGUCUGCAGAUAGGAAUGAAUCAGAAGCGUUGGAAGGAUAUGGAGCUAUUGUAUCGAACCAUAUAUCUUACUUAGAUAUAUUAUAUCAUAUGUCUUCCUCUUUCCCAAGCUUUGUUGCCAAGAGAUCUGUGGCUAAACUUCCUCUUAUCGGUCUUGUAAGCAAGUGUCUCGGUUGUGUCUAUGUGCAGCGUGAAUUGAAGUCAUCGGACUUCAAAGGGGUUUCAGGUGUUAUCACUGAAAGAGUUCAAGAAGCUCAUCAAAAUAAAUUUGCUCCGAAGAUGCUGCUUUUCCCAGAAGGCACAACCACAAAUGGCGACUACCUCCUCCCAUUCAAGACUGGUGCAUUUUUGGCAAAGGCUCCAGUAGUUCCUGUCAUUUUAAGAUAUCCCUACCAGAGAUUCAGUCCCGCAUGGGACUCUAUAUCUGGGAUGCGCCAUGUGAUUCUUCUUCUAUGCCAGUUCGUGAAUUACAUUGAAGUGAAGAAGUUACCAGUUUAUCACCCCUCAGAACAAGAAAAGGAAGAUCCCAAGCUUUAUGCAGAAAAUGUGAGACAGCUGAUGGCUCAUGAGGGCAAUCUGGUUCUUUCAGAUAUUGGAUUAGCAGAGAAACGAGUUUAUCAUGCUGCUCUUAAUGGUUUAUUAUGUGAAAGAUAACCCGAGUUCGACGUGUAUAUAUUCAUAUAAUGAAUGUACUUUUUGACCCCAUAAAAGUGAAAACUAAUGCAGAUAGAAGAAAUCAACGGUCGUCUAUAUGAUCUCUAAAUAUUCUCCAGAAACCUUUUUUACUGCUGCAGCUUUGGUGGGAUUUUCUCUAUGCUCUCUUUGUUUCAUAUAUUAGGCAGCAUUACUUAUGAAAACUCAGACGCAGUAGACAUUUGAAAUUUUUUGAGUCUUGGUCUUAGAAUGCGAAGGUGUUCCAGUAUUUCAUUCUUGCGACGUAAAUUAGAGCAGAUUUGUAUAUAGCCGGGAAAACUCAUUCUUUUAUUAUCUCUAACACCUACUUCUACUUGUUUAGGUUGCCGGAUUUGAAGAUUGAACUGUUAUAGAAUCUUAGUUUAGUCUCCCAAAGUGUAUAUCAAACUGAGGAUUAUGUUAUGAUAGUUUAUUUAGUGAUGAUCAUGUUUUAUCA